UAAUAAUAGUAAAACCGUAACUCCUUUGACUUUGACCUAACUCAUCUGUUCCCCCACCUGACUCUUCCUUCUUCUCAAUCUCUACGGCAACUGAGCGCCGCCACGACUCUCUCUGUCGCAGUUCAUAACUGCAAUCGCACGCCUCCAUCACCUUUGUUUUCCUUCUCUUCCUAUCUUCUCUCCGGUAACUGCGGCAGCCGCUGCCCCUGUAUUCUACCGCUACUCGCAACCAUUCUUUUGUUGACGUUCACACUCAAGUCUUUUGCAACUCUCUCCAUCUCUCAAUUCCUCAGUACAAUUGUUUCGAUUUCAAAUCCUUCGCAAUCCCGACCUUCCAAACAGGUUGUUCUCUUUCUUCAAAACCCCGCUUGGGGUUGCUACAGACCACUAUGAACAUACUUCCGGCGAAAAUGGUUGAGAGUCUCUCUCUGAUCAGAACGUUUGUGACCUUUCCCUCUUCUCACCUAGGUUCUCCUAAUUAUGGGUUAGUUUCGUUCUUGCAACAAAAUAGAGGAUCAAGGGUGAGUUUUCCUAAAACGACAUGGAGUUUGGAAAAAUGUUGUAUGCGGGUGGAGAAUUGUUUGCAAGCACUUCGUCCUGCCUCUGAAGCUUUUGCUCAAGAGGCUACAGAUGCUCUUAAAGCUGGGAAGGUUAUUGCGGUCCCUACUGAUACUCUCUAUGGACUCGCUUGUGAUGCUUGUUCUUCUGAAGCAGUCCAUAGGAUCUAUGAAAUUAAAGGACGUAAACUUACAAGCCCUCUCGCCAUUUGUGUUGGUGAUGUCUCUGACAUAACUCGUUUUGCUGUAACAGACCAUUUGCCUUCUGGUUUGCUUGAUUCUCUCCUUCCUGGGCCUGUAACUGUUGUACUGAAAAGAGGUGAGGCAAGUAUUCUUGAGAAGUCUUUAAACCCUGGAUUGGAUAGUAUAGGAGUCCGGGUACCUGAUGCUGACUUUAUUCGGCUUAUUUCUCGUAGAUCAGAGACGGCAUUGGCCCUUACAAGUGCUAAUUUAAGUGGACAACCAAGCAGUGUUUGUGUUAAUGACUUUGAAAACCUAUGGCAACACUGUGCUUAUGUAUACGAUGGUGGUGUUCUUCCUGCUGGACGCGCAGGCUCGACGAUCAUUGACCUCACCGAGCGAGGCACAUAUAAGAUUCUCAGAGCUGGAAGUGCAAAGGAGCAGACUGUUGCAAUACUUGAAAGAUAUUCACUAUUAGAAGAAGCAGCUAGCAUUUGAGCAUCACAAUCUUGUCUUCUUGUUCCCAAACAUACUGUUCAUUAUCAUAGAGGUUGCAAAGCUUUUUUAGUAGGCUGAGUUAAAGUAGAUCAAAUCUAGAUUAACAACUACAUUUCCCUUUGUUUAUGAAGUUCUUGUUUUUAUUUGUUUAACAAUGUAAGAUUUAGAUUUUUCCUCAAAUAUUACUAUACUGAAGAAUUCACUUAUACUUGGAACGAGAAGAACUUUCAAUUUACGUAAAGAGAAGAAAAAUACAUACAAAA